AUAUUUUUGGACUUUUCCGUGCGCGCUAAGAAGAAAUUUAAGCCGUCGUGUUGUUCCAGAAAAUGGAAAAAUCGCAAAAUUUCGUUUAACAUGCGCUGGGUCUCGUCGUCGUCGCUGCGCUUGGUUUUGUUGUGAUAAAAACGGACCUUUUUCCGGGUGUUCCGUGAUCCUUGCCGAUCCGUUUCGUUGUGUGUCUGUGUUCCGGUGAACCGAGAAUCGUGCCCCUGGUGGCCCUGGAAGUGGCCGAUUAGCUCGUGGUCAGGAUGUGCUAAAGGCGCGGCAAAACGCAAACACUCCCGGAGUGGCACGCGGUGGCCCACCUCCCACUUUUCCAUGCGGUGGUGCUGGGCGGUCGCUUCGUCGUGAAUCCGCGUGAUUUCGCCGAUGUGCCCCUUCCGGUGCGGCCGGUCGAUGACAUCGAAACGUUCUCCACGUUGAUCGUGUGCCCGGCAAGCACACGGAAAAGCAUGUCCCAUCGUUAAACGGGAAGGUUCUACCCCGAACACAGAAGACGAGCGGGUGAUGGCUGUGAUAAUGAUUUUAAAAUUGAAAAGCAAAGUAAAUCGAAACUCAUAAAAAACCAUCAAAAUAUCACGAAACGACGUCGUCGGCAGCACACGGCACAAUCAUCAGCAGCGAGCGGAACUACAGGAGUUGCCGCAGCACCAGCAGCAUCAUCAUCCCCCCCGAAAUUCCCUUUCCCCUCCACCAUACAGACACCCAAAUGUCACAGGCGGUGGAGAGUGCCGGCGCGAAGAUUGCAAAUUGCUCGAAACCCUUCGAGUGUACGGAAUGCCACAAACUGUUCCGGCAGCUGAGCACCUUAACCAACCACAUGAAGAUACACACCGGCGAGAAACCGUACAAGUGUAUGAUUUGUGCGAAAGAAUUCCGCCAAACGACAACGCUGUCCAACCACCUGAAAAUACAUACCGGUGAAAAACCGUUCAACUGUAACUUCUGUGGUAAGCAGUUCCGCCAGCUGAGCACCCUUUCGAACCACCAAAAGAUACACACGGGGGAAAAACCGUUCGAGUGCACGGUAUGCGGCAAACAGUUCCGCCAGUCCAGCACACUCAACAGCCAUAUCAGGAUACAUUCGGAUGAUAAGUUCUGCAUAAAACCCUUCAAAUGCAGCAUCUGUCCGAAGGAAUUUCGCCAGACGACCACCCUUUCAAAUCACAUUAAAAUUCACACAGGUGAAAAGCCGUACGCCUGCACGUACUGCAACAAAACGUUCCGCCAGACGGGAACGCUUUCCAACCAUCUUAAGAUCCACACCGGCGAAAAGCCGUUCGAAUGUUCGGUAUGCGGCAAACAGUUUCGUCAAUCCAGUACCUUGAACAGCCACAUACGUAUUCACGCGGAUGAUAAGUAUUGUAAACCAACGUCACCAACAACCCUCGGCACUACGGCAGCCGGUGAGCUGAGCAUUAAGCUCGAGGACAUCAAACCCCUUUACACGCUGAUGUAAGCCGAAGGGCAGCCGGUGGACGAGAAGGAAGGACGGAAGGUGAUGGAAGCGCAGGACGAUGUACAGAGGACGGGACGAGAGAUACGCGAUGGACAAAUACAAUCAACGUCGUCGUCGUGGUCGUGGUCGUCGUCGUCGUCGCUGCACGUCGACGCCGAAGGGGCAGCCUAGCACACAAAGCACAAAGCAUCGUUUCGUCCGAUAAUUCGCGUUAUUGACUUCACGUUGUUGUUAAUUUUAUUCUCGCCGCCGAAUGGCCACCGAUCGUUGCAAUCGUCGGUACGAUCGUGACGGUGAAACGCAGGAUACACAGGAGCUUACCGCGCUAAUAAAUUGUUGCAAUUUAAGUUAUAAUAACUUUAUCGCUACCAAAAAAAAAAAAAUACUACCAGCAGCAGAAGCAGCAGCAGCAGCAGCAUCAGUAGCAUGGUUUAUUCAUUGUUGGGAUUGAGUGGUGCGGUGCCAACCUCCCGACUACGGUCCCGAACUGCUGGUGGUACCGAAGAAAGUCAAUUUCAGUCGAGAUGAGAACGAUCACCACCCCAAUCGCUCCUGUCAGCCUGCACGGCCUGGGCGUUGAUACUGGCGUUCCAAUCGCCUCGAAAGGGGCGUUUUGAUUCGAUAUAUUUGUUUUAAUGGUAGAAAAAAAGCAAUUUCAUAAUUUAUUACCGUUAAUAUCCCUUUUUGGGGAGCGAUAGUACGUUAUAUGCUGUCUAUGCGCUCCUGCCCAUAACGAAAGAACGUACGCUUGAUUAAUGUUAUUUAUUUGCUGAUUAACAAAUCGACGAUGAGCGGUGUACUCGGGGUGUGCACAGUGUACACCGUAUGUAGUAUGAUUGUGUCCCUUGUAUGCUUUCGGUAUAGUUAGACCGAUCUGGAAUAGUCGAAGCGUAGCGUUUCAUGUUACCUACCAAUACCACCACCCCGUGCGUGGAGAUCUCGGUUGAAUGUGUGUUUGCCUGUCCCUGCUUUCACCAUGAUCCUGAUAUGAUGGUGUGAUGUCCUGUUGUAAAGAAAGCGGAAAAGCAGUGAUGCGGGAGGAGGUAGCCACUUCUACUUGGAGCAGAUAGGAGUUCUUUGUACAGAAAGGUAUUUAUAAAUACGAGCUUCGUUCUCCUCCCUCCCUUCAGUGGUUCUAGUAUGUGUAAGAGAGAGAGAGAGAGAGAGAGAGAGAGAGAGAGAGAGAGAGAGAGAGAGAGAGAGAGAGAGAGAGAGAGAGAGAGAGAGAGAGAGAGCGCGAUAGUUUCAGCGAGACAAAGAUGGAGGUAUAACCACCUGAAUGACUGAUAGCGAAUGCAAAUCCUUUAAAGAGAAUAAUUGGUUCCAUUCUAUGUAACAGAACUAUCGCAAAAUUUAAACAGGAAACCCCGAGACGAAACCGUUGGAGGAGCUGGUGGUGGCCAAAGCAAAGCCAACAAGAGGGAAGCAGAAGACGGUGGGAGAUGCACAUCUUUACGCGUUACAGGGCCAUACCGUGAACCGGGGCAAAUUGUGUUAGUAUAGUAUGAAAUUGAAUUAAUGUAGCAAAAGAUGAACCACCAUACGGUACGGAGGGGAGGAUUGCUGACGGGGAUGUAUCAGUUGGGCAAACUUAUGUGAUGCACGGAAUCAUUAUGUAAUAAAACCCCUGUAACAGAAGAUACAAUCUGUUCGAAACAGAA